CGCUGAUCUGUUACCACCAGCCUUGAAGUUACACAGAAUAUACGAGCUGCACUUCCGGCGUCACUUUCAGAAUUAAAUCGUUUUUGUGUGGAGAAAACACAAGACGGAGACAGACAGGAAGCUGGAUGACUUUCUGCUAAGAACAUGCAGGAGAGUCUGAAAUGGCUCUAUAUUGAUCUUAAGACAGGAUGAAGAGGCUGCUUGUUCAAAUUCUUUGCGUCGCUGAAGUCCUGCUCUGUGCUGCUGACUCUCCACCACUGAGCGAGGACACCCUGAAAAAGCUGUCUGCAGCGGGGGAGCAGCAUGUUGAUGAGGAAAUAAAGCGAGCGUUACUCGGGGUGAAGCGGGUGAAGGAAAUGAUGGAGAAAAAAGAGGAGAAGCACAGACAUCUUAUGGACGCCCUGAGACACAGCAGUGACAAGAAAAAGGGGGCAAUGCAGCUGGCCCGGGAAACAGAGCAGAAACUAGAGGAAGCUGAGCAGCAAUGUCAAGAUUUAACCAAAUCUUCCUUUGAGGAAUGUCGACCAUGUCUUGAAGAUACGUGUAAGGCCUUCUAUACAUCUACGUGUCGCCGUGGCUUCGCCUCUUUCUCAUUCAAGGUGGAGGAGUUUUUCAGGAAAAUGGCGGCCCAGCUGGAAGAUACAGAGCAAGCUCACGAUCCGAGCGAGGAGAGCGUGGUUCACACCAACUCAGCCGAGAUCCAGGUCAGAGAAGAUGAAGCAGAUCUGGAGCUUCAGCGGGCAGACGCGUUGUUCAGCCAGCUGCUGUCAAACAUCAGCCUCCUGCACAACCAGAGCGUCGUUCUGGUCAAAAAGAUGCAGCAGGUGUUUGGGAACUCCUUCCUGGCGGCCUUCAACACGGAGCUCGAGCCUAGCUCGCUGUCGGCCAUGCAGGGCGGCUCAAGCGCUGGCUUGUUCAGGACGGUGGGUCUGGAUCACAUCCUUGGUUCAGUGUCCGACUUUGGGAGGAAUGUGCUGCAGAAAUUCAGCUCCACAGUGGCUGAUGUAUUUGAGGAGAUACAAGAAGCUGAGGAGUACUUUCAGCAACCAAGCAGAGAUACAGGAUCACUUUCUGCUUUGGGGCAUUCCCAGAGCAGAUAUCUGUGCAGACAACUCCGCAGACAAGUAUCAGAGUGCCGGCAGCUCCAAAGUUUGUGCGAGACCUGUGAAGAUUAUCUGUUAAAAGAGUGUCCCAGUGUCCAGCAGUUGCACUCUGAGAUGGAGGAGAUGUCCAUGCUGCUCAACGCCUCCCGUCAGCAGUACGACGACAGGCUGGAGCUGGUCCAGAGGCACACAGCGGACACACAGAGAUGGCUCAGCAACAUGGACGAUAAAUACGGCUGGGUCAGCCAGCUGUCCAGCAGCACAGCGGGCCCACACGACAUCUUCAGCGUGAUCACAGUGACUCCGCAGCAACAGAUGAAUAACAUCAGGCCUAAAGUUGACAGCAGCGUGGUUGUAACCAUACUGGACUCUGGCCCGAUAACUGUCUCAGUCCCAGCAGAGCUGGAGGUGGAGGACCCUGCUUUCAUCCAAUAUGUAGUUCAGGAGGCUCUUACUCUCCAUAAACAGCAGAUAAAAGGAAUGGAGUAAUGAGAACGUCCCAGUGUCCACACAUUAUUUUCAGAUGCUGAAUAAAGUCCAGGACCAGUUUUCUUGAACAAUUAAGCUGAUCUUUGUAAAACUUGAAAUCUGUAUAGACCCCUUAACCUUUCAACGCACAGCUCAUAUUCUUUUUAUUCAUGUUUCAUUCU